UUCUUUUUUUUUACUUGACAAACUGUCAAACUCUCAUGGCUGCCAACAUUUCAAAUUGAAAAACAACCGCAAAACUGCAAAGCGCGCCCAAAAAGUUGAAAAACUGGAUUUUCUGCCCAUGACUAAAAUUGUUUAUUUAAUUUAAAGUAGUUCUUUCACAGUCCCCAUCUGCAAAAUUUGCAUACUAUAAAUAUCCAAAAUCUUAUUCAUUCACGUGUAUCAAGAACAGAAUAAAAUUAUAUUGCAAAAAUUGAGAUCACAUCGUUUGAAAACCUCAAUUUUAAAUAUUUUAAAAUUCAACAAAUCGCAGGUCAACGAAAAUAUCAGAAAUUUGUGGAAUUCCCAUGUUUUUGCUGUCUCACAUUAUGUACACGGAUUAUAUAUUCAUUCAGGCACUUCCAUAUGCGCCUCUCUUGAGAAGACAAUUCAGUCGUGUUGGAGCUUCUGAACAAGAUCAUCGUCGUUCUCUUUUCUACGUUCAUUCUCAGUUUAAUUAGUUCCUGUGUCAUCACAAUAAAAAAAUGUACUUUAGUGCUCUUCUCAUCCUAUCAGUGGCCUUCGUGGCAGUAAUCGGGCAGGAUUUUGGAUAUCCAGGCGAGAGUGAGGAGGACAAGAGGAUGAAGAAUGUACAGAACAGGAAGCCAAUUUUUGUACCUGGAAGAUGCAACGAUAAUGAGUAUCUGUAUCCAGGAGAUCAUGCUGACGAAUGGGUCUGUGAUUGCCAGCCAGGAUUCGUCUACUAUCCGGACACGAGUGUGUGCUAUUUGGUGCAUCGCCGGGGACCUUGCCAGGAGAAUCAGAUCUUAAUUCUGCCAAAGGGUAAAGUGAUACCUGAAUGUGUGACGAAUCCAUGCGGCAAUGAUGGUCUGGUUCGCUUUCAAAAUGCCUGUUAUGAACUGCACAAAGCCGGUCCCUGUCGCUUCCCCGAAUUGAGCAAUGUGGUGGAUGUCAAUGUGACCACACUGGAAAUUCAAUGUCAGAAGCUCUCAGUGGAUCUGUCCAAUCGCUUCAGCGAAGACGAGAUAAAGCAAUAUGAAGUUCAAGGCGAAGUACCGGCAUGUGCAAAAGGCAGCAAGCGCCAAAUCAACGGCCAAUGCCAAUAAUUUUAGGAUUAAAGCCGGUGCAACUCGAUAAAUUUGCCCAGAUUAGUGUUAAUUUAUAUAAAACUUUUUUUUUAUUAUUAUACUCUCGAAAGACUCGCA